GAAAAUGAGCAGCAGGGGAUCACCUAAUCACAAACUAAUCACACAGCUCGGAUUGCUCAAUCAUGGACGCAGCUGUGUUCUGCUGCUUGCUAGCUCUUCUUCCUCUUCUACACUACCUCAUCACGCUCUUCCUCCAUGGCUCACGCGACAGCGACCUGCGGCUACCUCCUGGGCCAUGGCGCCUCCCGCUCAUCGGCAGCCUCCACCACCUGUUCUUCGGCGCGCUCCCGCACCGCGCGCUGCGCGACCUGGCCCGCCGCCACGGCCCCCUCAUGCUCCUCGCCUUCGGCGACGCCCCUGUGGUCGUCGUCGCGUCCACGGCCGGCGCGGCCAGAGAGAUCCUGCGGACGCACGACGACAACUUCUCGUCGCGGCCGCUGAGCGCCGUGGUGAAGGUGUGCACCAGGCGCGGCGCGGGCAUCACGUUCGCGCCCUACGGCGAGCACUGGCGGCAGGUGCGCAAGAUCUGCCGCCUCGAGCUGCUGAGCCCCAGGCGCAUCCUGGCGUUCCGCGCCAUCCGCGAGGAGGAGGCGGCGCGGCUCGUCCGGGCCAUCGGCGUCGCCUCGCCGCCGCUCGUGACGAAUCUGAGCGAGCUCCUCGGCAACUACGUCACGGACACGACGGUGCACAUCGUGAUGGGCGAGCGGUUCCGGGAGCGCGACGCCCUGCUCCGGUACGUCGACGAGGCGGUGCGGCUGGCGGGCAGCCUCACCAUGGCCGACCUGUUCCCGUCGUCGAGGCUGGCGCGGGCGAUGAGCAGCACGACGCUGCGCAGGGCGGAGGCGUUCGUCGAGUCCCUCAUGGAGUUCAUGGACCGAGUCAUCAGGGAGCACCUCGAGAAGAAGAGGUCGUGUCAGGGAGGAGAACGCGAGGAGGACCUCAUCGACGUCCUCCUCCGGCUCCAAGCAGAAGGAAGCCUGCACUUCGAGCUCACCAUGGGCAUAAUCAGAGCAGUCAUUUUUGACCUUUUCUCGGGUGGGAGCGAGACGGCGACGACGACGCUGCAAUGGGCCAUGGCGGAGCUGAUGAGGAACCCUGGGGUGAUGUCCAGAGCGCAAGCCGAGGUUAGGGAAGCCUACAAGGACAAAAUGGAGGUAACCGAGGAAGGCCUAACUAACCUAACCUAUCUACAAUGUAUCAUCAAGGAGACCCUGCGGCUGCACACUCCCGGGCCAUUGGCUCUACCAAGGGAGUGCCAGGAGCAAUGCCAAAUACUCGGCUAUGACAUACCGAAAGGAGCUACGGUACUCGUGAAUGUAUGGGCUAUUUGCACAGAUAACGAGUUUUGGGAUGAGUCGGAGAAGUUUAUGCCAGAGAGGUUCGAGGGUAGUACAAUAGAACACAAAGGUAACAACUUCGAGUUCAUACCAUUCGGUGCUGGGCGAAGAAUAUGCCCUGGGAUGCAAUUUGGGAUUGCUAAUAUUGAGCUGGCUCUCGCAAAUCUUUUGUUUCAUUUUGAUUGGACUCUCCCUGAGGGCACUCUCCAUAGUGAUUUGGAUAUGACGGAAACGAUGGGGAUCACUGCUAGGAGGAAGGAAGACCUUUAUGUGCACGCUAUUCCAUUUGUACAACUCCCCUAAUCCUAGUUGUUUCGUGUCAUUAGCUUGUUGGUUCUCCUCGCACUACUGUACUUCGACUCUUGGAGAAGAAGAAUAAAAACACACAUGCCAUUUUAAUCCUACA